AUGUCAUCGACUCCAUUCCAAUUCUCUUCUCUAAAAUAUCAAAAUCUAGGAGGAGUAUUCAACGGGAAUGAUAACUCCGAGAAAGAGAUUUGCUACGGCUCGCUCGGGUGUUUCGGUACCGGCUACCCGUUCCUUGAUCCCCCGUAUCGUGGCGUGAGCGUCCUGCCCGAGUCUCCGGAGUCCAUCGGCACUACCUUCUACCUCAACACCCGUAAGAACCCAUCAGUCCCUCAAGUCCUAGACAACACCGAUGGAUCAACGGUGUUGGGCUCCUAUUUCGACCCAGCCAAAGAGACCAAGAUCAUCUGCCAUGGCUUCACGGAGGACGGGAAUAAACAGUGGUUAGUGGAUAUGUCGAUGGAGCUUCUAAACUACGGGGAUUACAACGUGAUUCGGACCGACUGGGGUGAUGGCUCGCUCGCUUUUUACUCCGUGGCGGUUGCAAACACGAGAGUGGUUGGUGCUGAAAUGUCACUUCUUAUUGAUUUGAUCAAGGAACUUUACGGAUUGACCAGCGUGAGUUCCUUCCAUCUUAUUGGGCACAGUCUGGGCUCUCAUAUCGUGGGCUAUGCUGGCGAAAGACAGGCAGACAUCGGUCGAAUAACCGGUCUGGAUCCUGCCGGUCCGUACUAUGAGGCGACAGAUCCACGAGUUCGUCUAGACGAGACAGACGCCCUCUUCGUCGAUGUUAUGCACACUGACACAAACCCCAUAUGGAAUCUAGGCAUGGGUAUUUAUCAAGCAUCUGGUCAUUUGGACUUCUACGUGAAUGGCGGCAACGAUCAGCCCGGCUGCGAUCAAUCGGCAAUGGAGCAGAUUUCCCUUGAGGGCGGGUUUGUCGAUGGUGGUGUCCAGUUCGUAGCCUGUAACCAUCUCAGAGCCUACGAGUUCUUCACGUCCUCCAUUGCCAACCGGUGUCACGACGCGUACCAGUGUCAGGGCGACUACCAGGCGGAUUUCAUUGAGGGUUCGUGCGUGUUUACGCAUCAGACUGCCGAGAUGGGAUUCCAUGCGGAUCUUUACAAACCAACAGAUGGCGCCAAAAAUUUGGUUUAUUAUCAGCGAACGACGGAUGCUGCUCCUUUCUGCGGCUUUCAAUACAAGUUUGAGAUCCACUUUGAUGACCCAUGGAGAGCUGAAAAGGGCAAAGGUCACAUCUUUGUCACACUCAUAAACACCGAUGGCGUCCAAGAACGAACCCAACUUACACAAACCGUGCAGGAGUUCACACCAGGCCAAAGCUACAUGUAUAUGGCUGCUACCUCGUCCCCACUGGGUACAUUGACCGGUAUGUACUUUGAUUGGGAGUACGACGCAGCCUGGUAUAAACCCUGGGAGUGGGACGUCUUCACCAGGCCUGAUUUCUACAUCCACAGAAUCAACGUGUACUCCGCUCAUGACUUCACAAGCUACAUCAUGUGUGGCUCAACGGACCCCAUUGAGGCCAACAGGGACGUGGCAUCAUUCUUCCCCGUCAGCAAGUGUGACUGA